UCACUUCCGCCUACGUCACCAGUGCAACAACAGAGGCUAUGGCGGCCAGUGCAGACCGUAGUCCACCACCGUUCUCCGCAUCUGAGGAGCCAGAGACAGGGGAGCCUGACUUGUCAGAUGGAGACAGUGAUGAAGGAGAAGACAUCUUUCUCGGAAACAGUAAACCCGUGGCCGUGAGUCGAGGGGUUUCUCAGCCAGAUCCCGUCAAAGAAGAUCCCCCAGAUCUGUUCAGUGAGGAAGAGGAGGAAGACGCCAGCAACACCAACACCAAGUCCAACGGUGUUCACUCUGAUGAUGACAACGACCUGUUUGCUGACGCUGAUGUGGAGUUGACCACAGACAAGUCAACCAGCACUGGUAGGAAAGAGCUCUCAGGCUCUGCUGGUGCCCGGACAUCCACUCUGUUCCCUAACAACCCUGUUCCCAUGCAGACUGCAUCCAUGGAGCAGCUGGAAGAGGAAGAAGCCAAGGAUAGCUUUGACGUGGAUGUUGCUGUCACCAAUCCUGAGAAAAUUGGUGACGGCAUGAAUGCAUAUGUGGCCUACAAAGUAUCCACCAGGACUUCUCUGGCAAUGUUCAACAAUAAGGCCUUCACUGUGCGGAGGCGUUUCAGUGACUUCCUGGGCCUUUAUGAGAAGCUGUCUGUGAAGCAGUCGCAUCAAGGCUGCAUUAUUCCACCUCCACCUGAGAAAAGUGUUGUAGGAAUGACCAAAAUGAAAGUUGGACUGGACGAUCCUUCGUCUGUGGAGUUUAUGGAGCGAAGAAGAGCAGCUUUAGAAAGGUAUCUUCAGAGGGUUGUGUCACAUCCAUCUUUACUUCAAGAUCCUGAUGUUCGUGAGUUUUUGGAAAGAGAAGAAUUACCCAGAGCUGUGAACACCCAGACACUGAGUGGAGCAGGUUUCCUUAAAAUGAUCAAUAAAGCUUCAGAUGCUGUGAACAAGAUGACCAUCAAGAUGAACGAGUCAGACACGUGGUUUGAGGACAAGUUCCAGGAGGUGGAGAAUGAGGAGCAACAGUUGAGGAAGCUCCACAUCGUGGUCGACUCCCUGGUCAAUCACAGGAAGGAGUUGUGUGGGAACACUGCAGUCUUUGCCAAAAGCAUGGCCAUGUUGGGAAACUCUGAGGACAACACAGCUCUGUCACGAGCCUUGUCUCAGCUGGCAGAGGUGGAGGACAAGUUGGAGCAUCUGCAUCACGAGCAGGCAGCCAGUGACUUCUUUAUCCUUACGGAACUGCUGGCCGACUACAUCCGUCUGCUGGGUGCUGUGCGGGGCUGUUUUGACCAGCGUAUGCGAGCAUGGCAGAGGUGGCAGGAUGCUCAGAGCACGCUCCAGAAGAAGAGAGAGGCAGAAGCCAAGCUGCUGUGGGCCAACAAGCCAGACAAACUGCAGCAGGCCAAGGAAGAGAUCACAGAGUGGGAAUCCAAGGUCACUCAGUAUGAGAGAGAUUUUGACAGGGUUGGAACGACUGUACGUAAGGAGGUCCUUCGUUUUGAGAAAGAAAAAGCCAAGGAUUACAAGAGACAGAUAAUCAAAUAUUUGGAGACAAUGCUUCAGUCUCAACAACGGCUUAUAAAGAUCUGGGAGGCUUUCCUGCCGGAGGCAAAGGCAAUAGCUUGAUGAAGAGAGAGACUUUUUUUUUAAAGACCCUAAAUGCCUUUUUUUAAAACACUUUACCUCUUGAAAUUGAACUUUGAGAGGAGAAUUUUAAAAUACUAAAACACCACCAUUCAUCAUACUUUCUAGCUUUGUAUUUACUGAUUUUGUUGCAUUAGACAGGGCUACUCUGGUUCUUUUGGACUGUAUGAUGGCGAAAAGUGGGGAAACAUAGGGGCUUAAGCUAAUUGUGAUAUU